ACGGACGGCGGCCUCACAAAUCCAGAAAUGUUCGACGUCCAAGUGGCGCCAAUCUGCACGGGCAACAGUGCCACACCCAAGACGUGCGAGGGCACCCUGAACAAAGACCUCGUAUUGAAAGUCGGAAGCACAGCUACCAAAAAGGUCGUCUGGAAGAAGGACAACAAACCUCUUACCGGUGUCAAAUACGUCAAAAGCGGAACAGAUGACAUUAAGCUGAGGAUCACCAACCUGGUAGCAAACGACGCGGGAACCUACACGGCCAGCUACAACGCUGCCGACGAAGAGUCCUUCACCGUCAACAUUCCGGGUGUGUCAGGAACCAAUGCGGGCGGCGCCAAAAAGGAGUCAACUGAGAACGGCAAGGACAACAGCGGCGGCGGCGGCAGCAGUAACAGCGGCACUGACCAAGUCAAUUUGGGCGAGGGCAAGGGCACGGGCAAGGGCGCCGGCGAUCACGGCGGCGGCGUCGGCGGCCUGUCCUACUCACCUGCUCUGCUGGUGACGGUCACCCUGGUGCAUCUGCUGCUUCAGCUGGCCGCCUAG